AUGUCUUACAACAAAGCUUACGAGCCCGUGAGAAGUGAACCGGCUUACGGCGACUACGAGCUCAUCGAUGUGGACCCCCAUUUCAACAGAGUGGUGUCCUACUUCAGAGCCUCCGACUUGGGUAUCUGGGCAGCCUCGACUGCUGCGUUUCCUCUUUCCAUCAUCGCUUGGGAAAACUUGGACCCCGUGGCCGGCUCAUUCAAAAAACCCAUGCCUGUUCCAGGGGUAGCCUUGAGAGCAGCCACGCUUUUGGGUUUUACCGGUGGAUUUUUUGCCGCAUACAUCCGCUCGCUGAAGAGAUUCUUGGGGUGGGCUGAAAACGCCCGAGAGGUGACCAAAGACAGGUACGAAAUCAAGAAGUUGUUGUCGGAAGAGAAGUUGCCUUACCACCAGAACGAGUCCACGUUGGACGACAGAAUGAAGGACAUUGCCAACAGAAACUCGCAGUACUCGUUUUCGCUCAUGGCCGUUUUGCCAUGGUUCAACUUGGCGUACCACCCAUACCACGGCACGGAUAUCCGCAAGUACUACGAGAACAGACCUGGAGAAGAGGACUGGGGGUUCACGUUGAAGCCCUACGAGGAAAUCGAGGCCAAGUACGCCAGGGUUAUUGAGUAG